AUGGCGCAGCUUGUUAGCGCCAGGCGGCGGCACCGGCCUGCACCAGCACCACACGACCACCACCAUGCGACCAUGCUACUGAGGACCCCGACGACGAGUCGUUGGCGUACGUCAAUAGACUCUUCGCUGAGAGGUACAAGUAGUGGAAGAGCGACUUGCACCACCAUUUUGAGGCAUUUGAUGAUCCACAAAUCGUUGUUCAGGAGGGUUGCUCGAUGUAGAUUGAAGGGCGGGAGGAUAGUUGGGCAUGGUUCUGCGCUCAUUUUUCAGGCGCCAGAUUAUGUGAUAUUGACGAAGACGUUGGAUCAGACUCUCAAGAGGAGGCCAGGGACAUAUUGUCGAGGGAUGGGGAAUGCCCGGCGGAGGGAACCUCGAGAAGGCCGGGGACAUAUUAUCGAGGGAUGGGGAAUGCCCGGCGGAGGGAACCUAGACCCCAUUCAUCAGCGCAGUCAAACAAUCAGGUGA